AUGGCCCGUCCGCGCAUUGUCGUCCUCGGCUCCCUCAACAUGGACCUCGUGUCCUACGUGCCGCACCACCCGCUCCCGGGCGAGACGCUGACCGCCACGUCCUUUUCAACGUCGCCCGGCGGCAAGGGCGCCAACCAAGCCGUCGCGUGCGGCAAGCUCUCUCGCUCCUCCAGCUCCUCCGCCUCUUCUUCCUCCUCCUCAGCCUCCGCCGACGUCGCCAUGAUUGGCGCCGUCGGCGGCGACACCUACGGCGCCCAGCUCCGCGACAGCCUCGGCAGCUACGGCGUCGACACGACCGGCGUCCGCGUCCUCGACGACGCCCAGACCGGCGUCGCUCUCAUCGUCGUCGACGAGCCCUCGGGCCAGAACCGCAUCAUCCUCUCGCCCCAGGCCAACCACGCCCUGCGCCCCCACCACUUUGCCGAGCUGCCCGCGCCCCGCCCGGACCUGCUCAUCAUGCAGCUCGAGAUUCCCUUUGAUACCGUCCUGCAGGCGCUGAGCGCCGCGCGCGAGGCCGGCGUGCCCGUCCUGCUCAACCCGGCCCCCGCGAGGGAGCUCCCCCGGGAGGCGUACGCCGGGCUGGCCCAUCUCGUCGUCAACGAGACCGAGGCCGCCAUCCUUUCGGGCGGCAAAGAGUCCGACCUCGACGACCUCGAGGGUCUGAAGCGCGUCGGCGCCGUCUUUCUCCGGAAAGGCGUGCGCAACGUCAUCAUCACCCUCGGCGGUCGUGGCGUCUACUAUGCUACUGACAAUGGCAAGAGUGCGCUGGUCGACGCUCUCAAGGCAAAUGUUGUAGAUACCACCGCUGCUGGCGAUACAUUUGUUGGCUCCUACGCUCUGUCUGUCGUCAACUCAACCGAUGUCUUUGACAUUGAUACCGCCAUCAGAGCUGCCAACAAAGCCUCUGCCAUUACUGUAUCGAGACGAGGAGCCCAAGUAUCCAUUCCGUGGAAGGACGAGCUGCAGUAA